CAAACGUCAAUGAAUGUCAUUUCUCAUGCGAUGAUCCUGUCAAUGUUUGAUGAAUAGAAGCGCUGGUCAUUUUAAACACCAGCAAUGAUGUGCAAACAAAGGUCGGUCUGAUUCGGGUAGAACUACGAGUCUUGUUCAUGAGCCGCUCGCUCCACUGCGGAGAUUCGCCCCGAGAGAAGUGAACGCGCCGCCUCAACAUGAACGAACCAGAGGGGCUGCGGUUCAGGCGACUGAAUCGUCCUCAGAUCAUAACAGACUCCCACGAACCUCGCUACAAGGGAACAAGCACAUAUAGCGGGAAGGUUUUUCGUGUGACGUUGAUAUCCAUCGGAGGGUUCCUGAUUCUGCCGCUGCUCGUGGUCAUCCUAAUUCUGGAGUCUCCGAUCCAUCCCGAGGUCUUCAGUCUGAGUGAGCCCCCCCUGCUGACUGGUUGCUAUGAGCCCAACCUGAAGCUGCGUGAGGCCCAGCGUCUCUACGAGAACCAGCUGCUGGGACCCGAGUCCAUUACCAACAUCGGAGAUGUGCUGUAUACGGGGACGGCUGAUGGGCAGAUUCUGAGGCUGGAUGGGAAAAGUGUUACUGUGGUGGCCAGGCUGGGGCGGCCUCCCUGUGGUUCCCACGACGACGAGCCGAGGUGUGGUCGGCCCCUGGGCAUCCGGCUGGGCCCCAACGGAACACUGUUCGUAGCCGACGCCUACCUGGGCAUCUUCCAGGUCGACCCCGUUACAGGUCAUGUGACCCCGCUGGUGCGUGGGACGGAGAUGGUUGCCGGGCAGCGUCUGUCCUUCAUCAACGACCUGGACGUGAGUCAGGAUGGCCGAAAGGUGUACUUCACCUCCUCAUCCAGCAGGUGGCAGCGCAGAGACUACCUGCAACUCAUCAUGGAAGCCACUGCAGACGGACGUGUUCUAGAGUAUGACGUUGUGACGAGACAGGUCUCCGUCAUGAUGGAGGGUCUGCGCUUCCCCAACGGCAUUCAGCUGCUGCCAGACGAGGAGUCGGUGCUUGUUACCGAGACCACCAUGGCACGCAUACGCAGGAUGCUCCAGCUCUUCAGCCAUGAUGUCCUGUUGCGUUUCGUCCCGCGCUACAGCCUGGUGUUGGAGCUGGAGGAGGGGGGCCUGUGUCUGCGCAGCUUCCACGAUCCGCACGGCCAGGUGGCCGCCUACAUCAGCGAGGCCCACGAGCACAAGGGCCACCUCUACCUGGGCUCCUUCAGGUCACCCUACCUGUGCAAGCUAGACCUAUCACAGGUCUGACCCCCGGACAGUGUGUGUGUGUGUGUGUGCGUGUGCGUGCGUGCGUGCGUGCGUGCGUGCGUGCGUGCGUGCGUGCGUGCGUGCGUGCGUGCGUGCGUGCGUGUGCACUCCUCUACCUGGGCUCCUUCAGGUUACCCUACCAAGACCUACCACAGGUCUGACCCCAGGGCGCAUGUGCGUGUGUGUGUGUGUGUGUGUGCGUGUGCGCGCGCGCAUGAGCAACUGCGUGUGCGUGUGCGUGUGUGUGUGCUUGUGCGUGUGUACAUGCGUAUGUGCGACU